AAGUCAGCUACACUUUGUCUUCUGCUUUGAUUUUCUCUCUCAUGCACUCUUUAUCUUAUAAUUUCCCGGAAGAAGAACUGCAUACACAGAGAAGCCCAACUGCAAAAAACAAAGAAAAAAAAAAUGAAUGUCAAAGGCAUAUGUGCUCUGGUUCUGUGUGUAUUCACAAUUUCUUUGACAAUCGAAGCACGUUUGGUGCCAGUUCCACCUCUCUUGCAGAAACUCAGCUCCAAUAUCUUUGAUACUUCCAAGUAUGGCGUUCUGCAGCUCAACAAUGGCCUGGCUCGAACUCCCCAGAUGGGAUGGAAUAGCUGGAAUUUCUUUGCCUGCAAAAUCAAUGAAACAGUUAUCAAGGAAGCAGCUGAUGCACUCGUCUCCACUGGUCUGGCCGAUUUAGGUUAUGUUUAUGUUAACAUAGAUGAUUGCUGGUCGGCUCCGCAACGCAAGGAGGGUCAACUAGUCCCCGAUCCAAAAACUUUUCCCUCAGGAAUUAAAGCUCUUGCUGAUUAUGUACAUGAGAAAGGUCUCAAGCUCGGAAUUUAUUCUGAUGCUGGGACUUUUACAUGUCAAGUACGACCUGGAUCACUUUACUAUGAAAGUGGUGAUGCAGAGCUCUUUGCUUCUUGGGGCAUUGAUUAUCUGAAGUAUGAUAACUGUUACAAUCUUGGAAUCAAACCAGAGGAAAGAUACCCACCAAUGCGUGAAGCUUUAAAUGCAACUGGGCGCACAAUUUUUUAUUCAAUCUGCGAAUGGGGUGUUGAUGACCCUGCAUUAUGGGCUGGCAAAGUUGGAAAUAGUUGGCGAACAACAGAUGACAUCAAUGAUUCAUGGGCAAGCAUGACUACCAUUGCUGAUCUCAAUGAUAUGUGGGCAGCAUAUGCUGGUCCUGGUGGAUGGAAUGAUCCCGAUAUGUUAGAAGUUGGCAAUGGUGGCAUGACUUACCAGGAGUACCAAGCUCAUUUUAGCAUUUGGGCUUUGAUGAAGGCUCCCCUUUUGAUUGGCUGUGAUGUCAGAAACAUGACUGCAGAAACAUUUGAAAUACUAAGUAAUAAGGAGGUCAUUGCCGUGAACCAAGACCUACUUGGCGUUCAAGGCAGGAAGGUGCAUGUUUCAGGAAGAGAUGGUUGCCGUCAGGUUUGGGCAGGUCCGUUGACAGGGCUGCGUCUGGCAGUCGUUCUGUGGAAUCGAUGUUCUAAAGCUGCAACUAUUACAGUGGCAUGGGGUGCACUUGGACUGGAAGCCUCUACCAGUGUCUCUGUGAGAGAUCUAUGGAAGCAUGAAGUUGUACUGGGCGAUGCCAUCACAUCAUUUAGUGCUCGAGUUGCUUCUCACGGCUGUGAGAUGUACAUUUUCACUCCCCAGAUGCCCUCUUACUCCGAGAUCUAAGGCGAGGCUCAACUUUCCAGCAGCCACGCCAACCACUUUCCGGGGAUCUUAAAAAUAAGUGCUGUAGCACUUGAACCCGGACAAAACGAUGAAUGACUAUUUGAAUUCAAGGUCUGCAUGCACUGUACCAAGAUCCAAAUUUGGCAUGUUCUUCCUAUGGGAAUAAAAUGGCCAAAAUUCCACUUUGUGUA